GCCAGAUAUAUUAUUGAGUUAUUUGUGGAGUCACUAUGAGCAGGGGCCUACGACUAGCGCCCGUCGCUGUUCGCCGGUUAGCGGGAUCUGUUCGUUUUUUGGGCGCUCUGCGCAAGCCAGACUUUGAUCUGGAGUACUACAACUCGAGAGUCCACUUGUUCCGCGACAUUUGCAGUCGAAGAAAAGUGCCGUUCCCCUUGGACGGAUACACAGCCCUGUACGGGAAGUAUGUGGAAGCGAGGAAAGAGGCAAUCGAGCUCAAGCGCGAGGCUAACACGUUGCAGCAGCGAAUCAAGGACAGCAAAAUGGGAAGGCAGCCCGUGGACGAGCAGGCGGUGCUCGACAGACUGGCUCAGCUCAAGCCUUUACUGAAACGGAGCGCAGAGACCCAGAAAGGUCUUGUUACGCAGAUGGAGGAGCUGGUAGAUCAACUACCGAACUUGAUUGAUGACGCCGUCGGCAGCCAGCAGACCCUAUUGGAAUAUAUCAACGUCUCGCACGACAUCGACGCUGCUGCUGACGAAAAAUACGACCACAAGUCGAUCCUGGAGAACGCCGGGCUUGUUGAAUUUUCGCAGGCCUCCAACGUGUCAGGCCGCGGCUGGUACUACCUAAUGGGCGACAUGGCGCUUCUGGAGCAGGCACUUGUUCAAUACUCACUGAAAAUGGCCAGAAAGAACGGGUUUCAAAUGGUGCUCCCGCCCUCCAUAGUUAAGACAGAGGUCACCAACGCGUGCGGUUUCAGACCCCGGGACACCAACAAUGAAAGACAGGUGUACGAGCUCACUCACGACAACCUGUGUCUCACAGGAACGGCCGAGAUCGCGCUUGCUGCGCUGAGCAUCGACACAGAGUACAAGUUCGGAGACCUUCCCCGUCGCAUGGUCGGUCUCUCGCGCAGUUUCCGUGCAGAGGCUGGCGCAGCGGGAAGAGACACGCGCGGCCUGUACCGUGUGCACGAAUUCACCAAGGUGGAGCUGUUUUCCUGGACAGCAGGACAGCUUUCAGAGAGCAGCAAGGAAUUCGACCGUUUGGUGGCAUUCCAGAAAGAAUUUAUCAAAAGUUUAGAACUCCCGGCGAGAGUGCUACUCAUGCCUGCCGACGACCUAGGUGCCCCAGCAUUCAAAAAAGUUGAUAUCGAGGUCUUCAUGCCCGGGAGAGGCGCCUGGGGUGAAGUCAGCUCCACUUCCAACUGUCUGGACUACCAGGCGAGAAGGCUCCAUGCCCGUUACCGAACAGAGAACAAUAAACUUAGAUUUGUGCAUACACUGAACGGCACUGCGUGUGCGGUUCCGCGUCUACUGGUGGCGAUCGUGGAAAAUAAUUAUGACCCAGAUUCGCACUCCAUCGCAGUCCCAAAGGUGCUUCAGCCGUACCUGGACGAUAAAAAAUAUAUAGAGUGCAUGCCAUGUAAAUAGUUUGCAUAUUUUAAUUGUUAAAUUUAUU